AUGCUGGCGUUGAUGAGGCGAGGAAGGCCUACAGAAAGCUGGCAGCAAAGUAUCACCCCGACGUGGACUCGUCUGAGAAAGCCACGGACAUGUUUCAGAAAGUUGUCCGUGCUCUGGCCAUCAUUACCGGCGAGGACAAGGAUCUGGAUGAGACCACGUUGCUGA